UCAAGGACAUUUUUGUUUUUCAUCUCGCCUCUUCUCCAGGCGUCAUGGCUGCCCACAGACUUCAAGCCCAGGAGAGACGCAGCUGGGGCCUCUUGUUUGCCGCUGUGGGAUGUGCAGUGGGCAUGUGCGGUCUUGGUGAGGCCUGGCUUCUUCCAACAUCGAGGCGAGCAGCUGCUGCAACAAUUGUGGCAGGCUUUGCGGCACCUGCACUCGCUCAAGACGCAGAGGUAGGCAGAGCUGGACCUGCUGGCAGUGUCGUCACUGGCGUCGAUGACUUCAAGACCUUGGCGGAUUCUCCAGAAGUUGUGGCCGCCCGGCGUGAAUGGCGUGCGAAGGAGGAAAAGCGCCAGGAAGGAAUCUACAAACAAUUCCGCCAAUGGUUCACAGAGUUUGCCCAGGACGGUCAGACUGUAGACGCACGCGCCGAGCUGCUUGGCAAGAUGCAAGAGGUCACCCUGAAGGAGAAAAUGUUGCCCAUCGGUAUCACUCGUGACGACGUGGUCAAGGGUGUCAGAGCUGUGAAGUUCAAUGAAGGCUGCAUCAAGGACAAAAUCAGGAAGGACCCUGAAUGCAAGAAGCUCGAGAAAGCUUAUCAGAAGUUCCUGGCCUCCAUCGACAAGGUGUAUGACCGCUCAUUGGUGACCGCACGCUGAGAGGAUGCGAGAAUUGCGCUGAUGGACGAGUCCCGGGUUUUGUGAAAGAAACUUGUUCGCAUAAAUUUUCGGACUAGUCCUCAAAGAAGUCUGCGAAGCUCGGAAGGUGAAGAUGUCCGCA